AUGAUAAAAGUAAACGAUGGAAACUUCUAUUCGAAACAUCUUAAAAUCCCAGGAUGUGUAGCUAUUGAUGUUAUUACAUUUAUAGCAGAUAGCAUAGCUGGUAGACUCGCAGAUACUAUGAUCAUUUUCCAAACGAUUUUUUUAAUCUACAACUUUUCUAGCAAGAAGGCAUUUCUCCAGGUUUUAUGUCUUGAAGGCGUACUCAUAUAUUCCAUUGCUCAAAGCUCAUUCAGGAAUUAUAAUCCCAUCCUGGUAUUUCCUUUUCAGCGUCGAUUAUCCUCAACUUCUUGCGGAUCUAUCAGGCAUGUCUGGUCAGGCAAGAUAUCUUCUCAAACUAGUGUUGUGGUCAUUCGCUAUGUGGACCUCUCUAGUCUUUCUGAGCUUCUAUCGGCUUGA